AUGAUAAGUGUAUUUAGACCAUUCAGUCUGAAUUACGGGAUUGGAGAUCAAGUAGGCCAAGUUUCAUCAUUUUCACAUACAAUUGAAAAUUUAACCAGAGAUACCGAGAUAAAACCUUUACAUUCACAUAAUGAUUACUGGAGGAAGCAACCAUUAUUUGAUGCAUUAAGUUAUGGAUGCCAAAGUGUUGAAGCCGAUAUAUGGUACUUUCCAGAGAAAUACGAAGUGGAGAGAACGCUUAUUGAAACUACGAAAGAUGGUAAGGAGAAAGAUAAACUAACUACAAGCACGUUUGAAAAUAAUGAAAUCUACGUGGGGCAUAAUCAGGUUUACUUAGAUCCAAGUUUAACAUUAUCAAAAUUGUACCUUGAUCCAUUGUAUCGCUUUUUAAAAUAUUCCAAUCCAGGAUUCAUCUAUAAGGAUAAGAAUCCGGUGACAGAAGACUUCGAUUCGAAACACGGGGUGUUCUACAAUUCCCCAGAAACCCCUUUAUAUUUCUGGUUAGAUUUUAAGACUGAUCCUCAUGAAACAUAUCAGGGUCUAAUGCCAAUAUUACAGCCUUUCAUAGACCAAGGCUUUCUUGCACACUAUGAUACUGUCAAUGAUAAAUUUAUUCCUGGGCCUUUAAUAAUUACGAUAACCGGCAAUUCACCAGUGGAGGAGAUAGAAAAGGAGACCACACGUUAUGUGUUUAUUGACGCCCCAUUAAAGUUGUUUAAGAGUGGAUCUCCACAAGACGAACUUGAAAGAUACUCGAAAUUAUCCAUUAUUGCUAGUGGAUCCAUGCAAGAAUUGAUAGGGCAAGAGAGUUAUACAAGUUCUAAAACUAGAGAUUUGAAUUUCAACGACGAAAAGAAUUUAGAGGAAUACUUUCAAACAGCUCAUAAGUACAACUUAAAGACAAGAAUAUGGGGCGGUAUUACAUGGCCAAAUUAUCUUCGGAACUCCCAUUUAAAAACUUUAUGGAAAUUAGGUUGUGAUCUAUUAAAUGUUGAUAAUCUAAAUGAUGCUAGUGAAGCGUUCUAA